UGAACCAAAGAGGGUGGUCAAUUUGUCAAAAAUAUAAACAAAAAAGAGGUGUGACAGCUUUGAAAUCUCGUUUAUUAAUUUCUUCUAUUUUUUCUGUAUUUAUAUCUCUGUUGAAGUGAAUAUCAGUGAAACAUGUCGCAAAACAUACUUCUAACAGGUAACUUGGACAUGCUGCACAGCCUUUACGAUUUCAAAGCAACAUAUGCCAAAACCCUAAGCUUUAAAUGUAACGAAUAUUUUCUAUUGUACCAAACAAAUACUAAACACAAAAACUGGUGGGAAGUAAUCAAUGAAAGGGGUGAAAUGGGGUACAUACCCUCAAACUACGUGGAGACAGUUACCGUGAACCCCUCAUUCUACCUACAAUUUCUAGAAAACUGCCUGAGUAGGCUUAAAAAUGGUGUGCCAUCUGAUUGUAACAUUGGUGAUAGGAAAGACGUGAUCCAGAGGCUAAAACACCUCAAAAAACAAAUUGAGCACCAUCCAGAGAUUUGCAGAAAUUCCAUAGGCUCUAAUGAUGAUAUACCGCCACUCUUGUUCAAAAACUCUGAGGGUAGGCUUGAAUCUGUCAAGUCUACAACAAGCACCUCAAAUUCCUCCAAUAUAUCAGAUUUAAGGAGCUCAAACUCAGGAAUGGACGAAGAACCUAUUAAACCAGUACAGAAAGGGUUUAAUAAGUCAGUUGUUCAGAAAAGCAUUGAAAACAUUCAUCAAGAAAUAAAAUCGGAACUGUUGAACGAUAAGAAUAAGUCAGAGUCAAAUCUUUCAGUGUCUACAUCCACCCAUAGUGCUCCAGCAAUAACGCAUCAAUCUGUGUAUGACCUAGUUGAAAGUGUUAGGAUAAACACUCAAUUGUCUCAUGAGAUGUCUCGACUUGCGGUAGUUACAGUGAUACAAGGACUACAUGAAUUACUGCCAGCUUCAGUAUUUCCAUAUCUCAGCACUAUUUUAUCUCAUUCACAAACAUCCUUGGUGGAUGAUGCUCAUAUAGAUCAGACUCAUGAUGCAAGUAGGCUGAAGAUUAUAUUCAAUGAGUUGACUUCAUGUAAGGAGGACUCACAACAGAGGAACUGGAUGCUACAUGAAGAUGAAGGGGUUAUUAAAGAAUAUAUUUUGGAGCUUAUCUCUAUUCUAUCAAAUGCAGAUGCUAGCAUAUCUAGGCAUGUGAUUUCAUCAGAUCAGUACCAUGUGAUAACAACUUUGAUAGACUAUUAUCAAAUGGAAGUGAGAUGGUCUAUACGGCAGCUACUAUUACAAGGAUUUGGUGUUUUAUGUAGCCUGGAUAAAACUGUCAUCAACAUUAUGUUGAACUCUGUCCUUCCUUGCGAACUUGCCAGGGAUAUGCUAACUAACCCCAGAAACAUUCCAAAAUUAAACUAUUCAUCACUUCUCCUAACUAUGGUGUUUUCAAUGGGAGAACAAAUGCCUGUUACUCAUUUUGGUAAUAAUACCAUCAAGAUUAACUGGAGAAAAUUAAAAAUUUUGUCAUUGCAGAUUUACUGGGAAAACGAUUUCUUUCUUUCAUCCUUGACAACAUUGAAUAUCCACCUGAUACGGAUCUGGAUGAGCAAAUUCCAGACCUGUUCCUGAAUCUUAUAAUAUCAUUCAACCUACAGUUCACUGAGGAAUCUGAAAAUCCAAUAUUAGCCGCUUUAGAAGAAAGAGAUGUGGCAAAAACAUUCACCGAAAAAAUUCUGUUGCUUAUCAAUAGAGAAGAGGAUCCUGUAAGGAUAUUUGACCAUGAACCAGCGCCUCCACAUUCCUUGCUUAAACUGUUCAUAGAUCUAUUCAGCAGAAAAUGUACAGCUGACCUCUUUUAUACCAAUGACAUUAAAGUUUUGAUAGAUAUUGUUGUGAGGAAUAUAUCUGAUCUUUCGGCUGGUGAUACGAGAAGAAGACAGUAUCUUGAAUUAUGUAGAAGAGUGAUGAGAAACACAAACUAUGAUGAACACAGACACAAGCUGGAUGAAAUCCUGAAGUGUUUUACAAGGAUCUUCUGUGAAGAAAGUGAUUUGAGUAAAUAUGAUCAAAAGCUAGUGAAAGAGAUAUCGAACGAGUUUCCACAGUUAUUUAAAUAAAUUAGGCCCUCGUAUAUUUUUUGUUUCUUUAUAGAUUUGUUAUAUAUUUUUAAGGAUUUUUUAUACCGUGCUACAUGUGAUAUUUUUUAUUUUUUAUUAUUUUCGAAAAAAAUAUAUAUUUUGUUGCCAUUAUAGAGCUAGUUUAGUGGUUUUAUUUAUUUUUGAAAGUUUCGAUGUUAGUAAAAAGUAUAUGUUAAGUCAAAACUUGCUCUGAUAUAGACAUGUUUUUUGUCUUUUUAUAUAAGAAUUAUUCAUCUAUAUAUAUUUGAGAAGACACA